CCAUGCGAAAAUAACAAACUAGAAGCGCGUUCUACAGUAGGGAGGAGAACGCGUGUAAGGCGGGUUAUAUCAGCGAGAGAUAGGUUCACAUCCUAUUAAAUCGGAAAUUGACACUGUAUGCAUCGUGGUGACAUGCAAUAUAUGAUCGGACAAUAAUCGGUGCGUUUUUAUUUAUGAUUGGGCAGAGUUCCUUCAGCCAAGAAAGACUUUGACAUGGAGGUAAACCGCUAGGAGCUAACCAGCGGGCGUGUGGCAUUUUAUUUUACUGUCUAAAAAUAAACUGGAAGAUGACAGACGUCGGAUUGUAUGCAUUACUGUUCAUAGAGAUCUAAUUCUCUUUUUUAUAUGGAUUUUACUACGAAAACUGCAAAUCUAGGAUUUUCUUCUUUGAAAAGCAUUGAUCAGCUGUCAUUAUGGCCAACAUCAAAUCGCGAAGUGAAUCUGAGGAUGAAGAUCUACACUCAACAGACCCUGAAUGUAAGGAUAAGAGCAGAGACAAGAAGACUCUGUGCAAGGUGAAGUGGUCUCGCGACGAGGACGACAGGCUGAAAAAGUUAGUAGAGCAGCAUGGAACAGACUCCUGGAUAUUAGUGGCUAAUAAUUUCCCAGGGAGGACAGAUGGCCAGUGUCAGCACCGCUGGCAGAAGGUGCUCAACCCCGAGCUGGUGAAAGGACCCUGGACAAAAGAGGAGGAUCAGAAAGUGAUUGACCUGGUCCAUAAAUAUGGCCCCAAGCGCUGGUCGGUGAUCGCCAAGCACCUGCAGGGGCGGAUCGGGAAGCAGUGCCGGGAGCGCUGGCACAACCAUCUGAACCCUGAGGUGAAGAAAUCCUCCUGGACCCAGGAGGAGGACCGCAUCAUCUACGAGGCCCACAAACGCCUGGGCAACCGAUGGGCCGAGAUCUCCAAACUGCUGCCCGGAAGGACGGACAACUCCAUCAAGAAUCACUGGAACUCCACAAUGAGGAGAAAGGUGGAGCAUGAGGGGUAUCUCCAGGAGGGCGGCAGGGGUUUCGCCUCCGACCACGGGGGGUUAAAGCGGAGUCAGCACAGAGCGUGUGUCUCACAGCCGGAACCCCCCCGCCACGUCCACAGCCCUCUGGGGACAACCGAGCCGACACAGGCUGGAGGUUACCAUUAUAGGCCUCAAUGUGCGCAGAGGGAGGACAGCCAGACAAACUCCUCCUGCUUCUUAUCGCCGUCCUGCCACGAUGACCCAGACAGAGAGCAGAGAAUUAAGGAACUUGAGCUGCUGCUUAUGUCAGCCGAGACCGAGGUCCGGAGACAGGCCCAGGCCAGAGUUACAUGUAACGUGGAGCGGUACACCAGCUGGGCAGACAGCGUGUCGGAUGACACCACACCCCCCAGCAGCAGCAGCUUGGAGGAGGAGGUGGAGCAGGGCUGGGGCGGGGCGGAGGAGGGGCCCCCAGGGGACCCGGCUGACUGGGCCUGGAGGGUGUCGGAUGAGGGAGUUGGGGGGCCACACGUCCAGCACCACGUCUCCCCCAGUAAGUUCCUGGCUGUGGAGGCCAGUGCCGUGCUGUCCACCCUGCAGACCAUCCCGGAGUUCGCUGAGACCAUGGACCUCAUCGACUCGAUGUGUGUGGCUCUACAGGACCCUAUGGCAUGGAGUGAGGCAGCCAGCUUUGAGAUGUCUGAGGCGACGACCCCCCCGAAACAAACACAGGGGGGCUAUACACCCCUGGAGAGGAACGAGGGGAUUAGGUACAUUGCGGACCUGCCCAAGCAGGUGAAGACACGCCCCCACAACCUGAACAACAUGUCCAGAGCGGGUCUGCCAUCUAUGGGGAGGAGGAAGAGAAGAGAGAGGGGGGAUCAGUCCCCUGUUCUGAGUUGUUCGUCUUUCGCGGACUCACCCAGGAACACCCCCACGAAAGCCCAGCCUUUCUCCCCCUCUCAGUUCUUCAACACAUCAGGAGGGGAACAUCUGAGCCUCGACAACCCAGCCCUGACGUCCACCCCGGUCUGUGGCCAGAAGUGCCUCCUCAACACCCCCUUCCAGAAGGAGACCACGCCCAAACACCAGAAAGAAAAUGCGGGUUUCAGGACCCCUAAGAUCCGCAAAUCGAUCAUGGUUCCGACCCCCAGGACUCCCACCCCCUUUAAGAACGCCCUGGCUGCGCAGGAGAAGAUGCAUGGACCCCUAAAGAUGAUGCCCCAGCCCCUGGCUUUUUUGGAGGAGGACAUCAGGGAGGUGCUGAAACAGGAGAUAGGAUCUGACAUUUUCACCAGAGAAGAAUUGCAGCCAGACUUCAGAGCAUGGAAACAUAAUGUGGACGGACCAGCCAGGAAGGUACGGAAGUCCUUAGUGCUGGACACUUGGGGGAAAGACUGCCUCAACAUUCAGCUCUUCCAGGACCAGCUCAAUAAUGCACAGGUCACAGAGGAGAGUCUUUUGACCAGCUCAUUACUGAUGACUCCCCUCCACGAGAGAGACAGAGAGGAGCGCCCCUGUGCCUCCUUAUCUGGAAGAGAGGGCUCCUGCGCCUCCUUGCUCCGCCUCCCCAGCCCCCGCAGGAGGAAGAACGUCUCCCCGGUCAGAAUGUCCUGCCACGAUUCUCCUGGACAGGUGAACAGCGAGUGGGAAGCGGUGGUAUAUGGGAAGACAGAGGACCAGCGGAUCAUGACAGAGCAGGCCCGGCAUUACCUGAAUGGUACCUACCCGUCCCCCACCUGCACCUCCAGGGCCCUCGUGCUCUGAGCCUUGCGUGGCCCCCGGCCCCCGAAACCGUCUGGCGGGGUUGCUAUGGCAACCACAUCCUCGUAAACAACUUUGGAACAUCCUUAGACAAUCCGGUGUACAACUGAAAAAAAAGUUUAACGUCUUGAGAAAAUUGAUGAGACCAGGAACGGAAACACUCGGGUGUACCAGGGACGAGGCACGACGGUCCUUCUGUUUUCUCAGCCCUACUGGCCAAGAAACCUGCUGGGCUUUAGUUUGAGUUUUUGUAGCCAUGUGUUUUUAUAGCUUGGUGGGUCUGUUGAGGACACACAAGUCCUUGACUCUGUGGCCAUGUGACCGUUUUGUACAGAUAGGAAAUACUAGAUUUUCUGCACUAGUUCAUAACGUAAUGAAACUGAACAACCUGCACAUAUGGUAGUAACAUGUAGAAAUAGGCUGUUUAAUAGUGGCUGCUUACAAGUUACAUAUUGUUAAUAUAUUGUUUAAGCAAAAUUGAAGAAGAAAAAAAAAUGGUUUUAUGAUGUAAUAUUACACAUGUAUGUAUAUUUACCGGCGUGUUUGUAGAACUCCCCUGUACUGCUAAAUAUGUUGAUAUGAAGUCUUAGGAGAGAGCGAGAGAGAGAGAACGCUGUCAGUAUUGCACUACUGAGUUGGGGUUGGCUGCGGAGAAACGGUCAGUGUUGGAGGAGGUUACUGGACAGCACAUUUCAAAACACAUGAGGUUUCCGUUCCAAGGCCGUGCUUUCCUUGAGCAGUCUCAAACUGAGACAUUUGUUGAAUGUAUUUCAAAGCGUGAAACUGCAAAGAAACUCAAAACAGAAGGGUACCUUUUGUUAUUUUUUUUCGUCUUCGUUUAUUUAUUAUCUGUUCUCUAAAACCUUAAUAUUAAUAUAAGUGUAAAUUGAACACGUUAAAUUUCCUUUGAGAGAUCGUCCUGAAGCCCUUCUCUUCCCCUAAGACUUUAUCUCUGGUCAGUUGUUUUACCACCCACUGAUUUAACUUAUGAUUGGGUAAUGGUACAUUAAUCCUUCAUUACAAUCCAGCUCUCAUGUUUGGUAUUGACAAAGUGCUCAUAUUAUCAUUGUGUGCUACAACAAGCAUUUUACUUGAGGGGGAUCUCCUUUUUGGACAAAGGCUCUAGGUUCUAUUUAUUCAAUGUUUACUAAUUUAUUUAUUUCUCUAAAAAACUUUUUUUUUUUUAUUACAGAAUAAUUAUAUUUUCUUCUAUCGGAGAAGGAUUUGGCUACUUAUUGCCUCAUUCAUCCAAAUCAGACCUUACCAGCAAACAUGCACUGCCAUUAAUCUCUUUCAUUCAGUCAUUCUUUAAACUGUCAGAUUUAGUUAAUAUUCAUAGUAACGUCACUGUGUUGUUGAUUCUUCUAGACGUUUCCCCUGGAAUCAGGAUUUGUUUUAAAUUCUCCUAAAUUGGCAGGAUUGCCUCUCCAAUAAUCAUAGACAAAUUGCACUUUUGUCAUUGUUUAAAUGUUGCUUCGUUCAUUUGAUCAUGCUCAUGACAUAGUUGUUUUGUGUGUUAUUUUUUUAAAUCCAGUUGGUCUUGCUUCAUGUGAGGAUUGAGCACUGACAUCAGGGUGUGCAGACUGACCUGUUUUGACCUGACCGGCAUGUAAAGAUUUUUUGUAAAGAUGGAGCUUUUAUUGUAUAGAUGGAAACCUUUUUCUUUAGAUUAACUGUUCGUCAAUAAUCACAAGUAUAGCAAAGUAUAAAAUGUUCAACAUAUACAAUGAAAGAUGAAGAUUUUUUGAUGUACAUAAUGUCUUGUGGUGACAUUGCAGUCUUGAACGCCUCAGACUCUCUACCUCUGGAAUAACUGGGUCCAGUGGAGUGCCCCUAUUGUCACUGUUACUAGGGACAGUGGGAGUCUUUUGUCCCGACAGUCUUCCACCUUUAUAAUCUGGAUUAUAAUCUGGAUCAUCCAGCAUUAAAUUUGUUUGAGAAUAAGAAGGGGAAUCUCCCAAGGAGAAAUCAUGUGGAAAUAUCAUGCAUGUUCACCUUCGGGAAACUCCACAGAGCCGUGGUUUCUGAGGUUUUCCUGUCUCAUAGUGAAUAUGUAUACGUUUGUCCUCUGCUCUGUAUGUGUGCGUUAUGUUUUGUAUGUUAACACAUGGCCAUCUAACACCACAUAAUGAGGGAAUACAUGUAUAGUAGCAGUUGUCACAGUCAUGCAUGAAUAAUAAGCAAUUUGCUGGACUUUUCCUUCAUCGUGGUUGUACUACAGUAAUCACAGACAUAGCACUUGCAUUACGUAAUUCUCACUUAUUACAGUAUUUCCUGCUGAAAUCAUAACGAGGUACCAUAGAAUUACUGCCAACUACGAUUGUGAACGUGUACUUAACAUGGAAUAACAAUAAAAUGUUAUCGCAUUGCAA